CCCGGAGGCCCCGCCCCGCGCCCCCCAGGCGGCCCUCGGCAGUGAGUCUCCUGCAGCCGAGCUUCCGAGGUUCCCGCGGCGCUCCCGGCGGCUGGGCCCGGCGGACGGCGAGCGGCAGCGGCUGGCCUCCAGGUAGCGGAGAUGCCAGCAUAUUUAUAGGAAUUGCUUGAAGCCAGAGUCAUGGUGGAUGUAGGAAAGUGGCCAAUCUUCACUCUGCUCUCACCUCAAGAAAUUGCAUCUAUUCGGAAAGCCUGUGUCUUUGGCACCUCAGCCAAUGAAGCACUGUACGUUACUGAAGAUGAUGAGGUCUUUGUAUUUGGACUGAACUAUAGUAACUGUCUAGGAACUGGAGACAACCAGAGUACACUUACACCCAAAAAGCUAGAAGCCUUAUGUGGAAAGAAGAUUAAAAGCCUUAGUUAUGGCAGUGGACCACAUGUUCUUCUCAGCACUGAAGAUGGAGUUGUUUACGCCUGGGGCCACAAUGGAUAUAGCCAGCUUGGGAAUGGGACAACCAACCAAGGCAUUGCUCCCAUCCAAGUCUGUACCAAUCUCUUGAUCAAACAAGUGGUUGAAGUAGCUUGUGGCUCCCAUCAUUCAGUGGCUUUGGCAGCUGAUGGAGAGGUAUUUGCUUGGGGCUAUAACAACUGUGGCCAGGUGGGAUCAGGAUCUACAGCAAAUCAACCAACUCCUCGAAAAGUUACCAAUUGUUUACAUAUUAAGAGGGUAGUAGGCAUUGCCUGUGGUCAGACCUCAUCCAUGGCUGUUCUUGACACUGGUGAGGUGUAUGGCUGGGGUUACAAUGGCAACGGUCAGCUGGGCUUGGGAAACAAUGUCAAUCAGCUGACCCCUGUGCGAGUGGCAGCUUUGCACAGUGUGUGCGUGAACCAGAUUGUCUGCGGCUAUGCACACACUCUAGCACUAACAGAUGAGGGCUUGCUCUAUGCCUGGGGAGCUAACACGUAUGGGCAGCUUGGAACUGGCAAUAAAAAUAACCUGCUAAGCCCAACACACAUCAUGGUGGAGAAAGAAAGAGUAGUAGAAAUUGCAGCUUGCCACUCUGCCCACACAUCUGCUGCCAAGACCCAGGGAGGGCACGUGUACAUGUGGGGCCAGUGCCGGGGCCAAUCCGUGGUCCUGCCUCACCUCACCCACCUCUCAUGCACAGACGACGUGUUUGCCUGCUUUGCCACUCCCGCCGUCUCCUGGCGCCUCCUCUCUGUAGAGCAUGAAGAUUUUUUAACAGUUGCAGAGUCCCUGAAGAAAGAAUUUGACAGUCCAGAAACUGCUGACCUAAAGUUCAGAAUUGAUGGGAAAUAUAUCCAUGUCCAUAAAGCUGUUUUGAAAAUCAGGUGUGAGCACUUCCGAUCCAUGUUUCAGUCUUAUUGGAAUGAGGACAUGAAAGAAGUGAUAGAAAUAGACCAGUUUUCUUACCCAGUGUAUCGUGCCUUUCUUCAGUUCCUCUACACAGACACGGUGGACCUGCCACCUGAAGAUGCUAUAGGUCUUUUGGAUUUGGCGACAUCUUACUGUGAAAACAGACUGAAAAAACUUUGUCAGCACAUUAUCAAGCAAGGAAUCACUGUGGAGAAUGCCUUUUCAUUAUUCUCUGCUGCAGUCAGAUACGAUGCAGAGGAUUUAGAAGAAUUCUGCUUUAAGUUUUGCAUCAAUCAUUUGACAGAAGUUACACAGACUGCAGCAUUUUGGCAAAUGGAUGGCCCUCUGCUAAAGGAAUUCAUUGCUAAAGCCAGUAAAUGUGGAGCCUUUAAGAACUGAAGCCAAGGCUGCUGGGCUAUGUGUGAGUGCUCUGGGCACUGGUGAUGGUGUGUCUUUUGUGCUCUGCUGGUGAUAUGCUGCAGGUAAAAACCAUCAGGUUGUCCUUUCAUAUCUGGGAGACAGUUCUCUGUGUAGGAAUAUAUGAAGGAUAUACGGCUUUUCCUGAACUUAUAUCUUUUCAUAUCUGAGACACAAUUCUCUGUGUAGGAAUAUAUGAAGGAUAUAUGGCUUUUCCUGAACUUACUUUAAACAACUCUUGUUUCCAGACAUGUAUAUUUUAAAUAUGACUAUCGGUUUGUCUGGAACACUAUAAAAGGGUGAAAGUUUAGCUGGUUGUUUUUUUGUUUUUCAUUAGAGGAAUUUAUGAACUUGGAAAGGGGACGUUUGUGGCAACUCUCCUGGCUCACUUAUCAACAAUCCGUUUGACACUAGGGGUGGUGAUAGUUAGUGAAUUGUGAGUUAGACAUAGAGGCCCCACCAUGAAUUAAAGAUGCUGACGUUGGGGCUUACUGAAUUGCUGCAUUAGUUGCUAGCUCAACUGCCUUACUGUGAAAGAAUAGCUGAGAUAUUUUGAGGCUUUUUUUUGUGUGUUUGCACUAUUGGACUUUUUCUUAACUUCAUGGUGUAUGAAAAUAAUAUUAAGUUUAAUAUGAGUUAAAUCUAUUGAAAUGAUAAUUAUGUUAAGAUAAAUUUUUAGAUUAGCCAAGAUUUCUCUUAAGACUUAAGCACAUAAAGAGUAGUAAUUUAGAACUGUCUGUGAAAAGUUGAUAAUGAAAGAAAUUUGGACAAAGGUGAAUGUUUUAUAACUUAGAAUCUCCACUACUAUUUAACGAUGUUUUAUUUAAGAUAAAAUUUGAGAACUCAAGUUUAAAUUGCCCCUUCCUCCACACACUUUUUCCCCUAUAAAAAUGACAUAUUCAGUAUACUCUUGCCUUCCUAAAUUGUGGCUGCUAAAUCAUCAGAUCUGCUACAUAUGAUUCAAAGAAAAGGUUCUUAAAACCAACUCUCUUACAGGACUUACAGGAAUUAGUUUUAUCUCUUAUCUAGACCAAAUCCAUCACCAAUUCGCUUAUUUGAAACUUUGCCAGCUUUUACUUUUGGUUUUCCUCUCCUUUUAAUUGUGUUAGGUCUAAUAUUUAGCACAAUUGGACCUUGAAAAAGGAUCAAAAUUACGGGAUUUUUUUGUUUUGUUUUUGGGGGUCUGGUUAUGAAGUGUGAUUUGGAAGGUAAGAAUAUUCAACUCUUAAGCUUUGUCGUGUGUGUCAGUUGCUUUAAGAACAAAGCUCUGUUCUGCCCUCCAAUCCACGGACUCAUUUCCAUUUGUGGGAGUUCUCUUAGCAAAUUCUGUUUCUUGCUUAGAAGGUCCUCCCAUCUGAACUUGGAGCCUAAAUACAUUUUCAGAUCAAAUGUAUUUAUAAAUUAGAAUCUCCACUACUAUUUAACGAUGUUUUAUUUUAUUAAGAUAAAAUUUGAGAACUCAAGUUUAAAUUGCCCCCUCCUCCACACACUUUUUCCCCUAUAAAAAUGACAUAUUCAAUAUACUCUUGCCUAAAUACAUUUUCAGGUUAACAAGAGGGUGAAGAGAUGCGGCAGCUAUUAUUUUUAGCAGUGUUUUUGAGUGUAUGUGUGUAGCAGGGAGUGAGGGCCCGAAGCUAGAAAUUCAUUGACAGGUAAAACAUAUGCAAAUCUAGAAGUCCCAGCCCCCUUUUCUUGACCAUGUUGCUAGUGAUUGAAGUCCAGUGAUUAGGUUAGAACUGGAUCUGUAACAUGAUAGAACUUUUCUUACUAGGUUGAUAAUACAUAUUAAUUUUAUUAAUUAUGGUGGGUAGUGUUUGUAACAAUCACUGUUCUGUAGGCUUAUUUUGAUCUGGACAAAACAUGAACUUCAGUAUGUUUACUAUUGCUCUUACUUGAAAAAAGGACUAUGAAAAGCACAAAUUAAAGUAGUAGGUCCAUUUCCAUACAUGGUUCAUUCAUUGAACAAAUAUUUGUGAAGAACCACUUCUCAUAUUAUUGAGUAACUUGUGUGAGUAUGUAUGUAGUGAAGAGAUCAGGAAUAAGUCCUUCAAAAUUGUUUAUCUUUUUUUAAAAAUAUAUACUUAUUUUUCUACUUGGUUUUGUUGUUAAUCAUAGAGAUGAAAACUAUUCUUUGAAUUGCUUUUUUCAUCUGAUGUAAUAAUGCAAGCCAAAGUAUUCAUAUUUCCUAAAAUAGCCCUAAAUGUACUGUUGAUCUUCUUACUGGAACAAUGUUUGAUACUCUAAUGUAUAGGUUGUAUUUAUGUAAUGUUUAGAAUGACAUAUUAAUAAAUAAAGCUGUCUGUUAAAAA